UGCAGUUCUUGCGCUGUCCCUUUAAGAAGCCAGUACAGCUGUCAUUGGAGUGAUUGUCUGAGCUUAAACUCCUCUCGUGGAGGGGCUUAUGCAGCACUUCAGCAGGACCCAAUCGGGCAGGUAUCACUCCUCGUUCCUGUCCCCACCCCCCCUGAGUCCCAUCAGCAACACCGGCACGGGAGAACUCCUACAGAUGGGACACAUGCUCACUGAAGACUGCAGAAAGUUUUAACACUGGGAAAUGAGUGAAAUGGCAGAACCAGCAACAAUAACCAGACCCCUGAUAUCCUCCAAGCGGCACAAGAGCAUAAGAAAAAAUUCCAGAAGGAUUUAUUCCUCGUAUCAGGACGAUAAUGGACCAUCUGAUGAUGAAGAUAAGGAUGGAGAGAGAGUGGAGAGUAAUGAUCCAGAGGAGAUGUUCCAGAACAUUCAGCUUCAGAAGGAAAUCAUCGCCAACAUCCAAACCAAACCCUGGCCAAUAAGACGCAAGCUAAAAGUACUAAAGCAAGCCAGAGAGAUUGUUCUGAAGUAUGAGGGCAGACUGACCAGGACACGAGGUUACCAGGCAGCCGGGGCAGAUUUGCUGAAAAAGAUAUCAAGAGUCCUCUACAACAUUGUUGUUCUGUUCAUUCCCUGGGAGAUGAGGAUUAAAAAGAUUGAAAGUCAUUUUGGAUCAGGAGUGGCCUCUUACUUCAUAUUCCUACGAUGGCUGUUUGGGAUCAAUAUAGUUCUCACUAUUAUGACUGGAGCCUUUAUCGUGCUGCCUGAGCUCCUGGCUGGCGCUCCAUUUGGGACCACCCGCAGCAAGACCAUUCCCAAGGAUCACCUUUCCUCCGCACAAGACCUGGACACCAUCUGGUCAUUGGGGGGAUAUCUACAAUACUCUGUACUUUUUUACGGCUACUAUGGCAAUGUGCGUAAAAUCGGCAGCGCUGGCUACAGACUACCCUUGGCCUAUUUUAUGGUCGGGAUGGCCGUUUUUGCCUACAGCUUCUUCACUUUGUUAAGAAAAAUGGCUAAAAACUCCCGCACGAGUUUAGCCGGCACCUCCGAUGAGAAUUUCACUUUCUGCUGGCGUGUCUUCUGUGCGUGGGACUACCUGAUUGGGAACCCAGAGGCGGCCGAGAGUAAAGGAGCAGCCAUCGUCAAUAGCAUCAGAGAGGCCAUUGUAGAAGAGCAAGAGAAGAAGAAAGAAACAAGCUUAGCCGUACUGAUCAGUUUGCGGAUUCUGGCAAACAUUCUCGUGCUGCUGUCAUUGGCCGGCAGCAUCUACAUCAUCUAUUUUGUGGUGGAUCGUUCUCAGAAACUAGAGCAAGAGAAACCUGAGCUAACACUCUGGGAGAAGAACGAAGUGAGUGUGGUGGUGUCCCUCAUCACAAUGAUUGCUCCUUCAGCCUUUGAGCUAGUGUCCCAGUUGGAGAUGUACCACCCCAGAACAAGUCUCCGCUUCCAGCUUGCCAGAGUUCUGGUGUUGUACCUUGGAAACCUCUACAGUUUGAUUAUUGCCCUGCUGGAUAAAGUCAACAGUAUGAGCUCUGCUAUUACUGUGGGUACAGUAAACCUGUCUGACUCAACAUCAUACCUAGCGACCAUUUCCCAGCCUACUGAGGAGAACCUGUCCACGAUUGUCCCGGAUAUCGUGGAGCGACGGAACAGCAUGCUGAACAUGACUCUUCUGGACCUCAACAACAGUGUGACCACUAUCAAGAGCACCACAUCCUCCAGAGAGCCACUAAGAAUGCAGUCCCUGCUAAACCAGACCGUCCUCUAUGAGUACAACACCAGAUCACAGCUAGAUCCCUGCUGGGAAACAUAUGUCGGCCAGGAGAUGUUAAAGCUCUCCAUCAUUGAUAUGAUCUUCACGGUGGCAAGUAUCCUGCUCAUUGAUUUUAUCCGUGGACUGGUGGUUCGAUACUUGAGUGACUGCUGCUGUUGGGACUUGGAGAGCAAGUUUCCAGAAUAUGGUGAAUUUAAAAUAGCUGAAAAUGUUCUUCAUCUGAUAUACAACCAGGGAAUGAUAUGGAUGGGAGCAUUCUUUUCACCCUGUCUGCCCGCCUUUAAUGUCCUGAAGCUCAUUGGCUUGAUGUACCUGCGGAGCUGGGCUGUGCUGACCUGUAACGUCCCCCAUCAGCAGGUCUUUAAGGCCUCCAGAUCAAAUAACUUCUAUCUGGCGAUGCUUCUCUUCAUGCUUUUCCUGUGUAUGUUACCGACCAUUUUUGCCAUUGUGAGGUACCGGCCGUCUCAGUACUGUGGACCCUUCAGUGGCCAGGAGAAGAUUUACGACAUCAUCUCCGAAACCAUUGCCAACGACUUCCCGCUGUGGUUCAAUAAAGUGAUGAGUUACGUCACCAGUCCUGUGGUGGUGCUGCCCGCUUUGCUUCUACUCUUUAUGCUGAUCUACUACCUACAAUCCAUCGCUAGAUCACUCAAAGUCACCAACAGCCAGCUGAGACUCCAGCUUCAAACCGAGCGCACAGACGACAAGAAGAAAGUAUUUCAGUUAGCCGCAGCACGUCUGCAGGCACCUGAGGGAGGCGAUAAAAAGAAGGAACAAGAGAGCGACAUCACCAGUGUGGAGUCGUCCGCCCGCUCCACCUCCCCUCCACGGCGCAACGGUAGCGUCACCAACUUCCAAUCUCCCGUCCGCCAUUGCAACAGCAUCCGGACAAUAUCCCAGUCGGCUUCACGGCCUGACAUCCCCAGAGCUGCCGGAGCGACGCGGAGUCCCUCUGUCCCAGUGCGGCAGAAACACAAAGCAGAGCAUGUUGCCAGCAGGCAUUCUGGAUACUUGGGCAGCUCCAGUGGUUCCUGCCGCUCCAAGUCCUACCACAACAUGGCCUACAACCCGUGUUCACGGUACGCCGAGAACAUCCACUCCGAUCCGCUGUUUCGGAAAACCAUCCGCCCCAUGCACAACGAGCCCGCCAUAAUGGCGGCUCAGAGCUAUGUGGGCCGCCGGGCACACACGACGCGCUACGUCAUCGUGAACGAACAUGAAGCUCGCAAGAAGAUUGUGCGCUCCACUACACGCGUACCGAGACAUUACCGACUAGCAGAUGAACCGACGGAGAUUGUAGAGCUGUAUCCACGUAAUGUAAAGUGUUACAUUCCUCGUACCCCUCACCGCAGCCACCAGCCACACCUCAGCGAGGAAGAGGAGGUGGAAGAGGAAGACCCCAAGAGCAGCUCGAGGAGGGGAUCGAACCGUCCACGAUCACUGACAGACCUCCAUCAGACCGCACGCUUCUACAUUGGCGACGCGGUAAACAGUCAGUUGUCUAUGGAGCAGGGUUUAUAUGGCGACGAAGAGGAGGAUGAUCAUGAAGAUGACUGGGUGAAUGAUGGCUUGCACCCUUGCUCUCAAACAAACAUCCGAGGCCCAGAGUCGGCUCACAGAUACGGUGAACAAUACGUCAAGCCCAAGACCAAGCACAAAGUGGAGCCGUCGUUGACCGAGUCAGAUUCGGCAUCGCUGGCUUCUAGUAGUGACCAACAAAACAGCAGCACAGACCAGUACAUCCAGGUCAUUCACAACAAGGAAAAGUACCUGAAGCCCAGUGCAAAGCCGACCAAAAAGAAAUUAAAGAAAAACGUUAAACUCAAUGUGUCUGGCACCAAUGAUCUUGUCUGCUCCAAUGUUUAACCUGUUUAGAUCUAAAACCGAGAUUAUGGCUCUGUUUCAAAAACCCUAGUGAGCUGUCUACGUAGGAAGCAUUUUAAGGCCUCAUAGGCGCACACCAACACGAAGUCUGUUUCAAAAGGUAGGUUGCAUUAUUAUCCUGCCUUCUAAGAUAACUUCUAUUGGUGAAAUUGUAAUGCAUCCUUUCCCAGAAUGCACUGUGAAUAAUGCUGCAUUCCAGACAACUUGGAACUCUGAACUUUGAAUAGAGUGCUGGAGUGAUGAUGUAUUUUUGUAGUCCAACCUGGAAGUUUGCAUCAUCCUGUUUCCCUCAACAAAAUCCCAUUAGGAUUUUUCCAUUGGCUUUUGGAUUAUCGUAGAAAUUAUGUUUAUUAUUCUUAGACAUUUUUCAUUAUGAUAAUCCUCUCAAAUGAACACUAGCUUUUUACUUCUAGCGAUUGUAUUUCUUGGCUUUAAAAUUCAUAAAUGUAGAGUUAGGCUAUAAACAAACUACGCCACAGUCGCAUGACUGUCACCAACAUUAAGCUUUCGACAAAUUUCCAACAAUUUCCUAUGAAAGUUUGUUAUAAUAGUUUGCAAGUGCUCAUUACAAACACAAGGCUAUGGAAGUGGUUAAGUGAGAAAAUGAGUUUACCCGUUUGGUAUGAUGACGACAACCUCUGUCGUCCAAUUUAGGCACUUGUUAGCAACCGCCUUUUUCAAGACAAGUAAAAGCUU